CUGCAGCACUUGACACAGCCACAUUUUUCCGUAUUCGGCAGCGUAGGAGAGCUAUCGAUGUGAGGAGUUUUCGCAUCACUAUACAAGUCGCAGCGCAGGAGAAGUUCUGUGCAACGCUUGUCACAUGUGAUCAGCUGUGAUAUGAUUGAUAUUCAGGUGAGACAAGGAUGAGGUGAAGGUUGCCAUGUCCAUGUUCGCGAAGAUUGCGUUCUACCCCACCGUGGGCUACACGCUGUUCAUGGCACAGGUGUCGUCCAGGAAGUACUACAACAGGAUCAAUGACACAGUGGUGCUGGGAGCUCUGCCGAUCAAGUGGAUCCUCAAGGAGUUGACUGCAAAGGAGAGCGUUACUGCAUUGGUGUCUGUCAACGAGAACUUUGAGCUGGAGAGCCUUGUACCUUCAAAGGAGGAUCUCCGUCAGCGAGGCAUCGACCAGCUUCAGCUUCCCACUGUGGACUACGUGGGAACUCCAUCUCAAGACAACAUCCGCCGCGCUGUGGACUUCAUCACUAAGUACAGGGAGAAGAAGGAGACAGUCUACGUUCACUGCAAGGCCGGAAGGACACGCAGUUCCACAGUGGUGGCGUGCUAUCUGAUGGAGACAUACAACUACACACCGGAGCAAGCGGUGGACUUCAUCAAGGCCAGAAGGCCACAUGUGUGGAUCCGGGAGAAGCAGUGGAACUCCAUCAGGACCUUCUACAGGGAAAUACACAAAGACCCAGUGUCUGGCUGAGGAUGUUAUGGUGGAGUGUGUGAUUUGUUAGGCCUCAUCCUCUCUGAACCUAUUUCAACCUGUCUGAGUCUCUCUGGGUCACUCUUGGCCUAUUUCAGCCUGUCCGAGUCUCUCUGGGCCACUCUGGACCUAUUUCAACCUGUCUCUUAACAUAUCUGGACCUCACUUGGCCUACCUGAGCCAAUCAGAUUCUCUGUGGGUCUCUCUGGACCUGUCUGAGUCUCUUGGAGUCUCUGUGGGUCUCUCUGAACCUUUCUGAGUCUCUCGGAGUCUCUAUGGGUCUCUCUGGACCUGUCUGAGUCUCUCGGAGUCCCCAUUGAUCUCUCUUGACCUGUCUGAGGCUCUCGGAGUCUCUGUGGGUCUCUCUGAACCUUUCGGAGUCUCUCGGAGUCCCCAUGGGUCUCUCUGAACCUGUCUGAGGCUCUUGGAGUCUCUGUCGGUCUCUUUGAACCUGUCUGAGGCUCUCAGAGUCUCUGUGGGUCUCUCUGGACCUGUCUGAGUCUCUCGGAGUCUCCAUGGGUCUCUCUGAACCUGUCUGACUUUCUCGGAGUCUCUGUGGGUCUCUCUGAACCUGUCUGAGUCUCUCUGAGUCCCCAUGGGUCUCUCUUGACUUGUCUGAGUCUCUCGGCGUCUCUGUGGUUCUCUCUGAACCUGUCUGAGGCUCUCGGAGUCUCUGUGGGUCUCUCUGAACCUGUCUAAGUCUCUCAGAGUCUCCAUGGGUCUCUCUUGGCCUACCUGAGCCAAUCAGAUUCUCUGUGGGUCUCUCUGAACCUGUCUAAGUCUCUCAGAGUCUCCAUGGGUCUCUCUUGGCCUACCUGAGCCAAUCAGAUUCUCUGUGGGUCUCUCUGAACCUGUCUACGUCUCUCGGAGUCCCCAUGGGUCUCUCUGGACCUCUCAGAGUCUCUUGGAGUCUUUCGGAGUCCCCAGGAGUCUCUCUGAACCUGUCUGAGUCUCUGAACCUGUCUGAGUCUCUCUGAACCUGUCUGAGUCUCUGUGGGCCUUUCUGUGUUUGUGUUUGUUUCCCUCCAGGGUUUGCAAUUGUGUGGUGUCAGUGCAGGAAGUGUGGUACUGUAUGCUAGCGUAACUUCAGGAGGUCUUCCAAUGAUGGGGGAAAAUAACAAUGCCAACAGUCUAUAUAGUUUUUGCCUGCAUGUGAAGGUCAUUGAAGUGUGAGAAGCUUGAUUCAUCAGAUGGACUGAUAUACAGAUAUCUUAUGAAUAGUAUUAACGUGGGUUGUUUUUUUUGCAUAAUUAUCCAGUUUGAUCAUUUUACAAUGCAUUCAUCGUAACAAGGUAAAUAUGAACCACCAUGCUGUGAUAUGACAUCUUACAUUACGGACAUCAUUGACAUUGUUUCUAAACUUGUUUUUGUAAAUAAACGUUUCCAGUUGAAUGUG